AUCCUUGUCACGUGACUUACUCCAUAUUGAAAACAAGGUCGUUCGGCUGCAAGGUAAAAACCGUAAAACAAUUGUAAUAAAAAGCUAUUUAAUAAUUAGACCCAAUUGACUAAUACAUAUAAAUUAUUAAAUCUUCAUUGGAAUCAAUUAAGUGCAUUUUAGAUUUUAAGUUUAUUUGAUUUAAACUAAAAUAUAUUUCUCCUUAUAUUAGUAUUCAAUGAACAACACACUCGUUUUUUGUUUUAAUUACAAAAUGUGACGCUUUCAGGAAAAUGUUCAAGCCAGCCAGAAACUUAUCGCCUAAUGAAUACGACGAGUUAUCUGGACUUCAAGCGGGAGACCGAGGACCGUUCAUUUAUACUCCUCUUACAAAAAUAGUUGAGCACUGGUUCACUUAUCAGUUUGGUCCUUGUGCCGAUUUAGAAUUGGAUUAUUAUAGAUGCGCAUCGAGAGUUGGUGAAAAACAAGUUGACACAAAAUGUAGAAAAAUGUUUGAGGAUUUAAGAGAAUGUGUCUUCAGAACGAAAACCAUAGAAAGAUACUAUGCAAUUCAAAAUGAAAGGAAGAAACAAGGAUUGAAACCUAUGGACCCGCCUCCAAAAGAUGCUGUAUACUUCAAUAUUGGAAUUGGGGCUGAAUAUCCCUUGCACGCUAAAUAUAAGGAAUUUGAAACUGAAUAG